AUCGCCUAGUUAUUACUAGUUAUAGUGUUUUACGUGUUCACGAUUGAAGGGUCUUUCUUUAUGCGAUUAUCGCUUCAUGAAAGCUCUACCAUAUGAAACGUUGCAGGUGGCAAUAGGUUCAAUUUAAAAGGAAACCGUCGGAUCCAUUUAAAUCCAUUGUUCGCUUGCUGUCAGUUGUUAUUCAGCAUUUGUACGAAUUGUGUGGUGCUUCUCGGUGUGCCUGUAUUUUGAUUCCAAACUAUGUCAAAGAGGAACACAAAGGAUGCAAACUCGAGAAACACAAAGAACAUAGCUACAGAGACUAUGGAUUCAGAUAAUUUAGAAAUUGCCAAGUUGCAAGAGCAAGUAAGACAAUUGCAACUUGAAAAUAAUGUUUUGAGGCAAAAUCUAAAAGAACUUGAGAAGAAAGUACCUGGCAAUAUGUCACAGCUGAAAUUAUCUAAAUCACCUAAUAUUGAAAAAUCUGGUUGCGCUUGCAAAAGAAAUUGUUCGUCGAAGAUGUGCGGGUGUGUGAAGAAGGAGAAUAAAUGCAAUUCAUCAUGCAAAUGUAAUAACACAAUGUGUCAAAAUCAGGAAAUGAAACACAGUGAGACGAAUAAGGAAAAUGUCGACAAAAAUGAUAUGAGAACUCCUAAGAAGCAAAUUAAAAAAACAAGAAAGAAGGAAGCUCUUGAAGAAAUCCGAACUAUCAAGUCACUUACUCCAGACAGUUCACUUAACUCAGAAGGAUGCAAAACUUCCAAGGUAACCUUUGAUCCAAUGAAGCCAAGACAUCAAUUGUCACGGACACCUCCAAAUAAAACGAUUGCAAAUAAAAUAAUAAAGGAUGAUAAUCUGCAGGAUGCAAUUUUUCAAUCUCGGUCCCAACUACAUUAUGAGCCAAUUGAAGAAACAAAAAUUCUCGCACCAUCUCCCACCACUCAAGUUCAAGAAGAGGCCGUUGACUGGGAACAACAUACUGCGCAACUAAUACGUUGCAAAAAAUGCGAAAGAACUUUCACGCCAGAUCGAAUCCAGAAACACGAAGCUUGUUGUAAAAAGAUCUAAUACUGGAAAAAAAUCGAAUUUAUUGGUAUAAUAAAAGAAUGAAUAAACAUA